CGCCAUUUUCCUCUCCUCUCCUCUCCUCUCCCUCCAUCUAAGGAGAGGAGAGAUAUGCAGCUCACGAGCUCCACCAAAUCCUGACCUCCCAAAGCUGUGGUCGCGAUCCAAACAGAAGGGAAAUGAUCAGGCGACAACCCGGCAUGGAUCGGUUCCUGCAGCUGCUGGCCGCCGGCGUGGCCGUGCUACUGCUAGUGGCACCGCCGGCCAUGGCUGACGACGACAUUGUAGAAGUCGGCGUCAACUGGGGUUCGCAGCUCUCGCACCCGCUUCUCCCCGGCUCCGUGGUGAAGAUGCUCAAGGCGAACCGCAUCGCCAGGGUCAAGAUGUUCGACGCCGACUCCUGGCCCGUCGGCGCGCUCGUCGACUCCGGCAUUGAGGUCAUGCUCGGCAUCCCCAACGACAUGCUCGAGACCAUGAGCAGCAGCUACGGCAACGCCCAGGAUUGGGUCAAGGAGAACGUCACCGCCUACGGUGACAAGCUUAAGCUCAAGUAUGUGGCAGUGGGGAACGAGCCAUUUCUCAAGGCAUACAACGGGUCAUUCAUGAAGACCACCUUCCCGGCGCUCAAGAACAUCCAGAAGGCCCUUGACGAGGCCGGCGUCGGCAACACCGUGAAGGCAGUCGUCCCGCUCAACGCCGACGUCUACGUCUCCCCGGACGACAAGCCAUCUUCCGGCGCGUUCCGGCCUGACAUCAACGGCCUCAUGACCGACAUGGUCAAGUUCCUGCACGACCACGGCGCGCCCUUCGUCGUCAACAUCUACCCCUUCCUCAGCCUGUACCAGAGCGACAACUUCCCCUUCGAGUUCGCCUUCUUCGACGGCGGCAAGAACAUCCAGGACAAGGGCGGCGUCACCUACUCCAAUGUGUUCGACGCCAACUACGACACGCUCGUGCACGCGCUGAAGAAGGCCGGCGUGCCCGACCUCAAGGUCAUCGUCGGCGAGGCCGGCUGGCCUACCGAUGGCAACAAGUACGCCAACUUCAAGCUGGCGCGGCGGUUCUACGACGGGCUCCUCAGGAAGCUGGCCAAGAACGAAGGCACCCCGGUCCGGAAGGGCAAGAUGGAGGUCUACCUGUUCGGCCUAUUCGACGAGGACAUGAAGAGCAUCGCGCCGGGGAACUUCGAGCGGCACUGGGGCAUCUUCACCUACGACGGCAAGCCCAAGUUCCCCAUCGACCUGACGGGGCAGGGCCACGAAAAGCUCCUCUCCCCAGUUACCGACGUUAAGUACCUCCCGAACCAGUGGUGCGUGUUCGACGACGGGGCCGAGGACAAGUCCAAGCUGCCUAGCAACGUCCAGUAUGCAUGUGCGAGCGGCGACUGCACGGCACUCGGCUAUGGCUGCUCCUGCAAUGGGCUGGACGAGAAGAGCAACAUCUCCUACGCGUUCAACAUGUACUUCCAGAUGCAGGACCAGGAUGUGCGCGCCUGCGACUUCGAAGGGCUUGCCAAGAUCACAGACAAGAACGCCUCCACGCGCGGCUGCCUGUUCCCGGUCCAGAUAAUCAGUGCCAGUGCUCGGGUGGCGCCAGCUCUAUUGCUGGCGGCGCUAUUGGCAUUGCUUGUGAUUGUGUUCGUGUAGAGUGGGGAUUUCGUCACUUCGUGUAGAACUGUGUUCGCGUGACCAAAAAAAUAAUAUGAAUUCCUUGCUGGCAU